AUGGCCGGUGAGAAGCACCCGGGGUCUAGCCAGGAUGAUGACAUCAGCGAACUCUGCGAGGAUGAGUACUCAUUGACCGAGAAACGUUCAAGAAAUUGCACGGACACGAACCCAAUACUGCAAACCGCAGAUAUCUGCUUGAAGGAAACAUCAGAAAACAACUGCCCCUACCAAGGCCAGUAUCGACAUCAAAGUCGUGGGAAACAUACCGAACAAGCAGCUGGAACCCCGAAAGUAAACCCCAAUGUUGAUUUCUGUGGUGUAACUUGUACGGCCACCAAAGACGCCCAAAUUCCUCAAACUUUAUCACAUUUCAAAGGUAGCACUGAUGGCAAGCUGCUUUUGACGGGAUAUACUGAGCCGAGGUCCGUGCAGAAGAGACUCAUAGUGGAAACAAGACACCAAACCUCAUCUGGUGCCUCGAAAGGGAAGAUACGAAGAACGGAAUUCGAGAUCAAGUUAGUUUCCUGGCCGCGGCCAAUGAUUUUGCGACUCAAAAACAUCGCCUAUAUAUCACAGAUUCGUGUCAGUGCUAGGUGUAUUUGGGACACAUUGCUAGACGUACAAUAUCAGGAGUCAGCAACUGAAAUACUCUUUCGUUGGCUGAAGCGCGGCCCCCAGAUUGGGUCCAUGGAGCGUAUCCCGGAUACACCGAGCAACCUACCCUUAAAGAGAGCUUAA